AUGUAGAACACAAAAUAGAACAAUUAAGUCGAUUAGGUUUAACAGAUAACUGGCUUUGUUUCAAAUAUUGCAGAAAAUUAUCAAUAAAACUCAUCAGACAUUAAAGAUUGGGAAAUAGCAUCUCCACCAUUCUAACAACAAGAAAAAGAUGACUUCAUGCCAAUGAAAUAUUAAGGCCUUAAAAUGGACAAUUAUGAAGAUUUGUUCUAGUCAAACUUUGAAAGUUCUGAAGACAAUAUCUAGAAUCGGACGGUUUUGGAGAAAGUUAGGGCAAGCAGUAGAGUAAAUUUUUCUAAGCUCACCGAGAGUGAAAAAAAUAUCCGCCUUAAAAACAUGGCUUAAGAAAUCCGAAAAUUAAGAAAACAAUUAAGAACUACAAAAACAAAGGCCAUUAAAAAAUAAUCUAACAUUAAAUUCCCAUCUCUCAACUAAUUAGUAAAAGUUAUAGAAUAAGUUCAGAAUCUUAAGGGAAAUUUUGAUAAAACUGAAGAUGAGUUUGAUAGCAUUAAAUUAGAGAUAACUCCAUAGUUAAAAAUUUAAUAAAAAUAAACGGAAAUAUAAUAGCACUAUACUACCUAAUAGAGCAUAAGUAAAGGAGUUCUAAAUUAUGAAACUAUCCAAGGAAUCUCAUCAUUCACCUUAAAUAAAGCAAAUAAUGCUGUCUAAGGUGAUAAAGAAGAUUAAGAAUUAGAAAAAAUAGUAUUCGAUUUCAAAUUUUACACUGAUGACUAUUCUUAAUACCAAAAAAAUUAAUAUAAAUAAAAUUAAGGUAAAUAAGAGAACAUAGAAAAAAAUGAAUUUUAGAAGCACAAUCAAAUAUCGGUUGAGAAAAAUCUAAAACAAAUUAAAAAAUCCAAGAAUGAUCUAGAUUUCAUUAUAUAGGGUGAACAAUAACUCCACUUCAAUCUUUAAAAUUUACUAAUGUAGUAAAAUAAGGAGCCUUAACAAUAAUAAUAUUAUAAUUCAAGUCUUAUUGAUAAAAAUUAUAGCUGA